AUGUUGAACAGUAGAGAAGUUAAGGACUACCUCUCUCACCAUCACCUUCCUCAGCUGCUGGAGAGUUUGUUAACAGGUCUUUUAUAUCACCAUCCUGAGGACCCAAUCAGCUUCCUGCACAGCUGCCUGAUUAAAACCAGACAACUUGGAGGUCCCAAGGCUGUAAACUGGGACACCUUCAUCCACCUGGAGAAACACCAACCUCGUCAGGGACCCCCUCGUCCAACAAGUGUGCCCCCAAAGGCACCAUUUAUUCCCUCUGUUAACAAUGAAAUUAUAUUUGGACCCCAACAAACAGCUCCUGGACAAUAUCCCAAACUCCUCCCCCCGAGCCCACCUGGGCCUACAGUAAGCCCUCCACCUAUCGUUACUGAGGGGAGCAAAGACAAGGAAAAGACUGCAGUCACCACAGAAGGUCCUCCUCCCUUGACAAUCCAGUCUCAGCUCUCCAUCGACUCUGACUCUGAUAUGACAGAAAGCUCUGGACUCCAGCAGGAAGUCAGCAUCAAACCUCCUCAAAAGCCAUGCCCCAUCAUUAUCUUUAUUAUUGGUGGUCCAGGUAGUGGGAAGGGAAGUCAAGCAGCUAGGCUAGCUCAGAGCUUCAACCUCAGAGUCAUCUCAUUGGAUGAGCUUCUCAGAAGGCAGCUGCUAAGCCAAGCCUCCCCCAGCAAGAAGUGGGAAAUUAUUUCACAAAUGAUGAGUCACGGAGAGCUGGGACCACAGGAGGAGACAAUCUCAGAGCUAAGGCGACAGCUGAUUGGUGAGCAGGAGGUCAAGGGGUUCAUUGUGGAUGGAUUCCCAAGAGAUGUCCACCAGGCCCUCAGCUUCCAAGAACAGACUGGCUCUCCUGACCUGGUGAUGCUCCUGCUCUGCUCCAAUGAUACCCUGCGCUGUCGUCUGCAAAGGCGAGCCACUGAGCUUGGUCUUCUAGGAGACAGUAGCCAUGCCCUGCGGAAACGCCUUGACACAUUUCAAAGAGAGAUCAUCUCAUUGAGAAGAUACUACAAACAACUAAACCUGCUGAGACAGGUGGAUGCAGACCGAGAUGAGGACCAGGUAUUUGCAGAUCUGAGUUCUGUCAUCAGAGAAAAACUGCCUCAAAAGGAGUCAUCAGAUCUUAGUGAUAUUUUGGAAUGCAGCAGUGCAGCCGUCCCAUCCGACUGA